UUUUGUUUAUAUAAAACCUGUUUAACAAUGGCUCGAAUGAAUCGUCCAGCCCCUGUGGAGAUCACUUACAAGAACAUGAGAUUCCUCAUCACUCAUAACCCCACCAAUGCAACCUUAAACAAAUUCAUAGAGGAGCUGAAAAAAUAUGGAGUUACUACAGUGGUGAGAGUGUGUGAAGCCACCUAUGAUACAUCUCUAGUGGAAAAGGAAGGCAUUCAGGUUUUAGAUUGGCCCUUUGAUGAUGGAGCCCCGCCUUCAAACCAGAUUGUGGAUGAUUGGCUGAACCUCUUGAAAGCUAAGUUCCGUGAGGAGCCUGGUUGUUGCAUUGCUGUUCAUUGUGUAGCUGGACUUGGAAGAGCUCCAGUCCUUGUUGCCCUUGCACUGAUUGAGUGCGGAAUGAAAUAUGAAGAUGCAGUCCAGUUCAUAAGACAGAAGCGCAGGGGUGCAUUCAAUAGCAAACAGCUGCUCUACCUGGAAAAAUAUCGUCCAAAGAUGCGGCUCCGAUUCAAAGAUUCCAACGGCCAUCGGACCAACUGCUGCAUUCAGUGAAGGGGAGGCAAUCCCUGCUGCCUACAGCUAAAGAAAAGCAAAGAAUGGUGUUGAUAUGUGGCCCCUGUCUAAUUAUGAGUUUUAUAGAUGUGCUUUUUUUUUUUUUCUCUCUCUCUUCAAUAAUGGUCAUUAGGUGCUUCCAUAGGUUGUACGGAGGUCACAUGCUUGGCAGGAAUGCUGUUGAUGCCUUCAUAUCCAUUUAGAUGUAUCUGCCUUUUUGUGGUUUAUAUGUUGCUGUGUUUUUUGUUUUGUUUUUAAGUCCCUCCCCUACUUUUAAGUUCAAUCAGUUGGUCUCUCCCAUUAAAAUCAUGCAUUAAGAAAUGUUUUGGACCUAUUUUGCACUACCCUUCUUUCUGCAAAUUAGGAGCAUAUAAAAUGUAGGGGGCAGUAGGUGCCAAAUUUCCAGCUUGAUACCUGUCUUUACAGAUAUUUUCCAGAGGUGCAGACUAGCUUGACACCUUUUUUAUUUUAUUAAUUAUUUUUUAGCUGUUGUGUGUUUUUUUUUUUUUAAGUAACUGUUUGGGAGGGGACCUGUAAAAGACAACCAGCUGCUCAGUUUACACCUAACCUGUUUUAAAACUAGUGGGUGGGCUAUCUUUGCACAAAACACACUUUUGUAUAUGGUCUUAAUAGUAAAUACCAUGUUUAUGUUUUAAGUCGCUUCUGCUACUAGUUUUCCAAUAUUAUCCUUUUAAUCACAACCUUAUCUAAAUAGCGCUAGCUGUACCCUUUUCUGUUUACUCUAUAGAAGCACAUGCUGCUUAUAGAUUUGUCAUAUAUUGAAGCCUUACAGUUUAAAAUGACCAUGGCCCUCUUGGGUGCAGCUAGAUGGGGAGGGAGAGAUGCAUAAGGUUGGGAGAGGCUAUUUAAUAUUUGCAUCUGCAAAAAUAAAUUGUUGCCUUUGUCUUGUGCGGGAAGUAUAUUCGAAGUAUGCCCUUUAGUAAAUAUUUUAAUAUACAGAUGCUUUAUUGUAGCUAAGAAUUUGUAUUGUACAAUGAUUUUAUGAGCUUAAUUUUUUUUUUAAUGUAUCUAUCAACUUUGUUUACCAACUACUGCUUUGUCUAAAAUGUGAUUUCUUCAGUUUUGGCUUUAAAUUGCAGACUUCAAUGUCUACAGUAUUUUGUAUGCCUUUUUAUUUGUUUUGCAUAACUUAAUUCUUAGAUACUUGAUCAUUUUGUUAUGUAUUUGAAAUGAUGAUGUGUAUUAAUGUUAGUUCAAGAUUUAUACUGUAUGUGGGAAUGUGUGGUAUAGUACUGUGGGAAGUAAUUUGCCAGUGUUCACAAGCUUGUUCUAAAAUCUGAUGCAAAGCUUGUACUGUACAUCUAAAUAAACACUGAAAAUGAA